AUGACCACCCCUCAUGUGAUCGCCUCGUCGUCGGUCCACCACGGCUCACAGUCCGGCACCUCUAAUGGCGUCGUGGGUACUCACUUCCGAGUCGGCAAGAAGAUUGGGGAGGGUUCAUUCGGUGUUGUCUUCGAAGGUACCAACAUGCUCAACAACCAGCCAGUCGCUAUCAAGUUUGAGCCGCGCAAGUCGGAGGCCCCGCAGUUACGAGACGAGUACAGGUCCUACCGCACGUUGAAUGGCACUCCUGGUGUCCCGCAAGUGCACUACUUCGGCCAGGAGGGCCUGCACAACGUCCUUGUCAUCGAUUUGCUGGGUCCUAACCUCGAAGAUCUCUUUGACAUGUGCGGUCGCAAAUUUUCUAUCAAGACUGUUUGUAUGGCCGCGAAACAGAUGGUGACACGCGUACAAGCAAUACAUGAGAAGUCCCUCAUCUACCGCGACAUUAAGCCCGACAAUUUCCUUAUCGGAGUGCCGGGCUCGAGGAAUGCGAACACAAUUCACAUCAUUGAUUUUGGUAUGGCAAAGCACUAUCGGGACCCGAAGACGAAGAUACACAUCCCAUACCGAGAACGCAAGUCACUAUCCGGAACGGCGCGAUACAUGUCGAUCAAUACACACCUCGGCCGUGAGCAGUCGCGGCGGGACGACCUAGAGUCGCUCGGACAUGUCUUCAUGUACUUCCUGCGCGGGGGGCUUCCGUGGCAGGGUUUGCGAGCCGCUACCAACAAGCAGAAGUACGAGAAGAUCGGCGAAAAGAAGCAAAGUACCCAUAUCGACGAGCUGUGCGAGGGCUUCCCUGAAGAAUUUGCGAUCUAUAUGAACUACGUGCGGAAGCUUGGCUUUGAGGAGACGCCAGACUAUGACUUCCUUCGAGACCUAUUCUCGAAGGUGUUAAAGACGCUGGGCGAGCCGGAGGAUGGUGUGUUCGACUGGAUGCUAUUGAAUGGGGGCAAGGGUUGGGAAGCCGGACAUGUGAGUUCUUAUGAGUGUUUCCUGUCCGAGAUCACACUGAUUCUCAACACGCCAGUCGCCUUCGGCUAUUCUUGCACAGGCACAUGCAAAUGCUGCGGCACCACACACACCUCACCGCGACCGCGAGCACCGCUCACGCCACCACGAUGGCCAUCGUCGCUCACGACCAGCCUUGCAGGAUGGCACGCAAACACCCUCCUCGCCUCUCGUCCUCGCGCCUACGCCUGCCCACCACAAGCCCUCGCGCCGUGCGGUGGCGGCCCAGCAGCAAGAAUCCCGUGGCAAUUCACGCAACGACGUCAGCGUGCAGCCAGUCCCGCCUGCAAGCCGGCGCGCCAGCCAGCAGCAAAUUACCCGCACGGAACGUGA